AUGUCCUACAGCGCGUAUCAAGUGGCGGGCUUUGCCGACCCGCUCCGACCCACGCUGGAGAUGUGCUUCCGCGGGCACCGUCAAGGUGUCUGCAGCGUCGACUUUCAACCAACGCUGUCGCCGUCUCCGCUUAUUCCCAAGGUGGCGUCCGGCGGUGCCGAUGGAGCGGUCAUGUUGUGGAACGCAAAAGCCACCACUCGCACAAUGCGAUUCAUGGGGCAUCGUGGCCCAGUGCUCGCUGUUGCGUGCAGUCCGCGCGCGAACCUGCUGGCGAGCGGCGGCUAUGACGGAUACGUGCGGCUGUGGAUUCCCAACACACGACGGACAACGGCGACGUACGGCCUCCACGCCGAGUCGUUAGACGACCGCAACUCAUGUGGCUGGCGCGGUCAUACCGGUGCUGCCCGCGUCGUCGUCUUCGCCCAGGAUGGCUCGGAUUACCUCUACACCGCAGGAAAUGAUAAGACGGUGAAGUGCUGGGACCUGAACUACGCCUCGAGCAGCCAGCACAUUGGCGUCGGCCAAGGGAAUAAGUUUGUCGGCAGCUUUGCUGCACCAUCGUCGACGGGACAGCACGGCACUGGGCACAUGAACUGGGUGCGCACCGUGGCUGUGCAGAGUGCCUACACAUCGUCAAGCUUUUUUCACUACCUCGCCAGCGGUGGUGACGAUCACGCGAUUUGCGUCUGGGACACACGCACCCGCGCUCCGGUGCACAUCCUGUUUGACUGCAGGGCCAGCGUGCAUUCUCUGAGCUUUCAUCCGGACGGCUAUGUCCUGGCAAGUGGCGAUGCAAGCGGCGCCAUCAACAUUUUUGACCUACGACGUGUCUCAUCCAUGCCGACCCCCUCCACCACCUGCGGUGGUUCGCCAGCGCCGCGGCGCUUCUCGACCCUCCUCCAGCACUACAGAGAUGCCCACGCAGGCGGGGUACAGUGUGUCGACUUUGCCCCCAACGGCGGCUGGCUGCUCUCAGCCGGCAACGACAGCACUGCCAAGCUGUGGGACGUGAAGCAGGUGUACCUCUACUGCACCGUCCACGGCCACGAGGGACCCGUCAAGUCGUGCCGGUUCUCCGAAGACGGUCGCUGGUUCGCCACCGGCGGCGGCGCUGACAAGACCGUGCUUGUCUGGCGCAGCGGCUUGGCUGAAGCAGUGGCAGGGUGUGACUCUACUGCGGAGACCACACUCGCUAUUGGAAAAGACGCAGCGCUGACCGCAGUAACUCCUUCACGCAAGGUGUGCUUUUCGGGAGAUGUUCCUGCUCUACAGUUCUCCUCGUCGAUGACGCAACUCUCUCGCAACGCGACCCAGCGAUGCAAGCUGCAGGGCGACUCGCUCCCCAGGUGCAGUGGUGUGAGCAACUCUCCGAAGACGUCAGCAUCUCAGUCGGGCGGCAGCGGUACCGCAGGCAGUUGCAGAGGAGGCAGCGGCUGCCCCAACCUGAACGUCGGAGCCGCUGCACCAGCAGCGAACGCCAGUGUCGCUGUCAAAGCUGCCACAUCGCUGGGUCGGCCGCCUCUCCCUCUCUCCCUAAUGAGGAAGGAGCAAGGUGCCUCGCCCCCCGAGCCCUUCUCACGUGAUAAUGCGCACUUUGCCGACGCAAAGGUGUCGGGCUGCAAAGGACUAAAAGAAAGUUCUGUCGUCGCUCAUGAUCGAAGUUUUGUGCGAAGCGACUAUCCACAGGAUUACCUUGUCGCGUCAGUCGCCGCCGCCAGCGGCGAAGUGGGCAAUAACCACUCACUGCAGCAGCCUGACAUAGAGCACGACACAACGAGCGGUGGCACUAACACUCUGCAUCAACAAGAGGCGCCGCUGGACGGCAUCAAUAGCAGCGCUCAAAGCGCCGUUAUUGCGGCAGAAGAGCGGGAGCAGGAAGUGUUGGUGGCACAGGAACGCGCCUACCAGCGACUGCAGGAAGAGCGCAUCAUCCAGCAGCGUCUCGCCAACCUGGAAGAGGCACUUGCGUCUCUGGCGACGUACAUGCAGUCCCAACACCUGCGACAGGCGAAGGAAAUACACGACACGCGGGUGAGGAGUAGGAGUCAGGCGGACAAGUAUGACGCCGAUCUGGCAGAUCUGAAAUGCUUGAUUGCCCGGCUCGCUGUCCCUGCUGCCGACAUGGUCUCUGCGAAUGCCACAAGCCUGACGAUGUCAAAAGGGGAGGGUGGGUCGUAG